AUGUCUUCCUCAAGCUCCUCUCCCGCCGAGGCAGUCUCCUCCAUCGCCGACAAGAUCCCCUCGCCCCAAGAGGCCAAAGAGACCGCCCAGGCCGCCGCGCCUGCCGCUCAGUCCGCUCUUCUGUCUCAGCUGCGCGCCCUGACAGCCGGCGGCUUCGGAGGUAUUUGCGCCGUCGUCGUCGGCCACCCGUUCGAUCUGGUCAAGGUGCGCCUGCAGACGGCCGAGCGCGGCGUCUACUCGAGCGCCAUUGAUGUGGUGCGCAAGUCGGUCGCGCGGGAUGGACUGAGAAGGGGCCUGUAUGCAGGUGUCAGUGCGCCGCUGGUUGGCGUUACGCCCAUGUUCGCCGUGUCUUUCUGGGGCUACGAUCUCGGCAAGCAAAUCGUCGGCGGCGUCUCGACCAUUGGGCCCGACGGCCUGUCCACCGGCCAGCUCGCCGCCGCCGGCUUCCUCUCCGCCAUCCCCAUGACGGCCAUCACCGCCCCCUUCGAGCGCGUCAAGGUCAUCCUGCAGGUCCAGGGCCAGAAGCAGCUCGCGCCCGGCGAGAAGCCAAAGUACAGCGGCGGCCUGGACGUCGUGCGCCAGCUCUACCGCGAGGGCGGCAUUCGCUCCGUCUUCCGCGGCAGCGUUGCUACCCUCGCCCGUGACGGGCCCGGAAGCGCCGCAUACUUUGCUGCCUACGAGGUUAUUAAGAAGAGCUUGAGCCCCAAGGAUCCUGUUACUGGAAAGCCCACUGGCCAGCUGAGCCUGACCGCCGUGACGUGCGCUGGUGCUGGUGCCGGUGUUGCCAUGUGGAUUCCCGUCUUCCCUGUCGAUACUGUCAAGUCUCGUCUCCAGACUGCCGAGGGCAACGUCACCAUCGGAGGCGUCAUCCGCGAGCUUUACGGCAAGGGCGGUUACAAGGCCUUCUUCCCUGGCUUCGGACCUGCGCUCACUCGUGCUGUUCCCGCCAACGCAGCAACAUUCUUGGGCGUGGAGCUGGCACACCAGGCCAUGAACAAGAUGUUUGGGUCAAAAUAA